CCUGUUCAUUAAGUGAAGAAAUGAGAUUAGGGACCCCUGAGGAAAAAGGAAGGGAAACAGCAGGGCACUUCAAAGAAUGGCAAAUCUAAUUAGACACACGGAUCCCUGGCCAACCACUCGUCCCUGGCCAAUAGAUGAGGGAGUGUCUAGCUGUUCCCUGGUCUGACAGGCAGUCAUCGUCUCCACCAGAGCCUUUAUCUCCUUGGAAGCUGCUUGGCCAGACGGAACCAAAAGCAUCUAAAAGGAUGUACAUCAGAGGGAUUCAGCCAUUCCCACUCCUACCCCUCCCUCAGAACCUCAUGAAGUUCCUGGCUUUCCUGAGUCUGUUGACCCUGGUGCUGCAGGAGGCAGGGACAGCUUCUCUCCUAGGAGAGGGAGAAAGAGAAGAGCGGAGCCCUGAGGAAGAUGACACUUAUGCGUCCCUGCAUGUGGAGAACCAUACCCUGAGCAUAGAGGACUACAGCGAAGUCAUUGAUCUGAGCAGCUAUGAGGAACUUGCAGACUAUGGGGACCAGAUCCCUGAGGCUAAAAUAAGCAGUCUGACUCUUCCAACAAGAACUAGUCCCACUAGCACUGUGGCUCCAAGGACAUUGUCACCAAACCUCACGACGGCUGGACCUACCGCCACUGGCCUACUGAACUCCCAGAGCAGUCAUGGCCUGCCUACCUGCCUGGUCUGUGUGUGCCUGGGCUCUUCUGUGUACUGUGAUGAUGCAGACCUGGAGAACAUCCCUCCUCUUCCCCAGAUGACCACCUACCUGUAUGCUCGCUUCAAUCACAUCAGCCACAUCCGGGCUGGAGACUUCAAAGGACUGACAAAACUGAGAAGGAUCGACCUCUCUGGCAACUCCAUCUCCUCCAUCCACAACGAUGCCCUCCGCCUGCUGCCUGCCCUGCAGGAUCUGAUCCUUCUAGAGAACCAGCUGGCAGCCCUGCCUGUGCUGCCCAGUGGCAUCGAGUUCCUGGACGUCCGCCUGAAUCGGCUGCAGAGCUCUGGGAUACAGCCUGAGACCUUCAUGGCGCUGGAGCAGUUGCAGUUUCUCUACCUGGCCGACAACCUGCUGGAUUCCAUCCCCGGGCCUUUGCCCCUCAGCCUGCGCUCCCUGCACCUGCAGAAUAACAUGAUCGAGACCAUGGAAAGCGACACCUUCUGUGACACCGGGGAACACAGACAUGAGCGCCAGCAGCUGGAAGACAUCCGCCUGGAUGGGAACCCCAUCAACCUGAGCCUUUUCCCAGAGGCCUAUUUUUGCCUGCCACGGCUCCCUGUGGGCCGCUUCACCUAGGGUCACUGCUCUUCUCUUGCCAGACAGUCCUCAGAGGCUCACUGAGGGAGCACUAUCUCCCUGCACCCAGGAAGUCAUCUGUAGCCCAAGACCCAGGCAACCUGUGAGCCACAGUUACAAAAAUGCACAACACACACACACACACACACACACACACACACACACACACACACAGCCUUCAGCCACUGAAUUUGCAUUUCUCCAUCCUCUUUCCAUACACCUUAUGGUUCCUGAUUCAGAGAACAGCAGCAUCCACAGCAGAGAUCUUCUCCACACUCUCCACACCCAUCUUCCCACACAGAAUUCCAGGAGAACCAUGAAAGAAAGGGAUGGAAGAGGAGGCGGUGGAGGAACAGAAGCUAGGAGGGGGGGAAGGGAGGGGGAAGAAGAUCAGUGUGCUGAAGCCUGGUCUUUCUGACUGGUAGGCUGACAGGACUGAUAAUUACAUUUUCCAGAAUUUUGCAGUUCAGUUGUUAAACACAGCCAUUAUGAAAAAUUAAAUUAUAUAACCUUGCAGUUAAA